GUGUGGAUGACGGGCUCCUCGACUGUAAGAGAGUUGUACAAAUUGGGCUCCGAGGUUCCAAUUACAGCUCUGACCCUUAUGAAUUUGGCAGAGAACAGGGGUUUCGGGUGGUGUACGCACAUGACUGCUGGCUGAAAUCUCUGGUUCCUUUGAUGGAAGAAGUUAGGCUCCAAAUGGGGGAAAAACCUGUUUACAUCAGUUUUGAUAUUGAUGGACUAGAUCCAACAUUUGCUCCAGGGACUGGGACUCCAGAGAUUGCCGGUCUUACCACCCCACAGGCUCUGGAAAUAAUCCGUGGCUGCAAGGGGCUAAAUAUUGUGGGCUGUGACUUGGUGGAAGUGGCUCCGAUGUAUGAUCUUUCUGGUAACACAGCGCUAACGGCCGCUAACCUUCUGUUUGAAAUGCUUUGCACGCUGCCUAAGGUGAAAGUGUAUUGAUCGUCUUAGGACGAAGUCUGUGAAAUUGGAAACUCUGUGGAAAACCCAGACUUCAUCCUGCACCCCCCCCCCAGGACUUUAUCGGUGAGCGCACAGGGACUCCACGCCAAGCAGGAGUCUAUUUACUAAAGUUCGAGAGACACGACGUUCAUUCAAGAUGUGAUACUUGUUGGAAGAAAAUAAAGCCACAUCCUUAGCGGUAAAUGGCAUCCCAGCUCACAUCGUGCUGCAUUUACUGUACCAUGCACACAGAGCUACAGGCUUCUACAAGAACUUUAUGGUAGGAAUAUUGGAGCACUUCAAACAAGUGUGUGAUCCACAGACACACAGUGCAACAGUACACCGUAAACUGAAAACCUAAUGCAAACUUACUGUUUAUUUUAGGCCGCUGUUCAUGGCGGUAUUUAUAUAAUAAAUGACACUAAUCUCUCUCCAAACAAGCUGUACCUAGCGCACAUCUGAUAAUAAACCAGCAAUCGAAACACAA